AUGGCGCCCUCGUCAGCUUUGCUGCCACGCAGCGCACGCCGUCUCCGUCUGCGUCUGCGUCUCCUCCCUCAAGCACGGCAUCUAAGUGUGUCCCCGUGUCAAAUCUGUGCGCGUUCCACACGGCUGGCUCGCCUUCGUCCUCGGCCGCGAAACGAGCCGCAUGUUGCACGGCGACGACUCCUCUCGACAUCGACAAACCCGCGAACUGAGCUCGAAGCCACGCUUCUCGAGCUCCAGAAUCAGUCGCCCAAUCUUGUCAAUCUAUCCAGGCUGCAAUUGGCGAUCCAAGGCCUGCGACAAGAUGCAGGUACCGAGACUAUCCGCGUUGCUAUUAUAGGCCUCGCAAACGGCACCGAGGUUGAUACCACGGCGCGGAGAAUCUUACGCGCCUUGCUCGCGGAUCCACUGCAGGAAGAACAGCCGUGGGAAAAGGCCUUGGAGAACCGACACCAGAACAAACCGCUGAUUGUGCGAGUCGGCCCUCCUCAGAAACACGCCGUGUCUCUCGAGAUUGAAAAGGCGGUUGGCCUGGAUGAGAUGCAUGUCUCGUCUCCCGAGUUGGACGGCUACAAGCUCGAAUUCCUCCUCAUGGGGGCCGAUGUGCCGUACGGCGCGCCCGGCGAGGUCUCUAUCCAAGCACUCGAGGACGCAGUCCUGGUACCGACCGUCAACAUCCCGUCCGCAAAUGACAGGGUGUCGCCGAUUUCGACCCCUGUUCACCAGGCACUUCUUGUUGCGGACGGGCUGAUGGGCGCCGUCAGCGUGUCGGCUCUUCCCGUCUCCCGAACAGACGAGUCCAUCGCGGCGGUUGUUCAAAUCGCGGGCGUGACCAAGGAACAGCUCCAGGCCGCCUUUGACGUUGUGGACGUGUCGCUGGCCGACAAGGCCAUCAGCCUGUUUCGUCAAGGCCCGCAAAACGCCAUGGACUACGAACGACUGUGGUUCUCAAGCAAUCUGCCUGUCUUGCUGAAAUGGCUCAAGCUUGGGGCCAAGCCGGUCGCCGCCAAUGGGACGAAACCGGCUGUGCGAAGGCUCAUUGCCGCAGUGCUGCAGAGCGCCUCCUCGGAAAUACAGCUCGCCGAGGCAAGAAAAUUAUCCAAGGCACUGACGCUGCGGAGCGACGACCCAGCUGUGGCAGCUCUGAACAAGGACCUUGCCGACUGGGCACAAAACGCCCACUCCGAGCUGCGGGAUGAGCUGGAUCUCGCCUUUGGGGGUCGGCGAUGGCGCCAGCUGGGCUGGUGGAAGCUGUUCUGGAGGGUAGAUGAUGUCGCCAUGCUCACCAACGAGUUGCUCGGCCAGCGUUUCAUGCCCACGGCAGAACAGGAACUGGUUUACCUCGCCGGCAGAAUCGCCCAGCUGGGCGGCGCCUCGCCCGAGUACCCCCAACCCAAGUCGUCCGUGGAUGAUGCUACAAAGUCUGGAAAGCUCAGCCCAGGCGAACCCGCGCCCCCCUUGACUGCGACAUCGUCCUCCUCUCUUCCAAAGUGGCCUGGCCACAUUGCAUUCACUCGCCGCUACCUACAGAACGAAACCGUGCCAGCGCUGCAGUCCCUUGCCCAGCGACUCGUGGCCCAAUCCCUAGGCACGUCCGGCAUAACCACCUCCCUGGCCGCUCUUCUGUACCUGUCAUCGAUUGCGCCCACCAUUUACGAAGCGGGUGCCGUGGCCGCUUUGGGAAUCGUCUACAGCCUCGGAAGAUUACAGAAGAGGUGGGAUGCCGCGAGGACCUUUUGGGAAGGCGAAGUCCGCGAAGAGGGGCGCAAGGCCGUACGCGGAGCAGAGAGCAGCGCGGCCACGGUUCUAGAGAGCAACGCAAGCAAUGGGGCAGACGGUGUUGGGGACGCCAAGGAUUUGCAAACCACAAAGGAACUCGUGGCUAGGGCAGAAGACGCACUGGCUCGCAUGAAAUAG